GGAAAAGAGGGAUGCAGAGGAUCAGCAGCAGAAACAUCAAUCUAGUGCUGGCAACAUGGGUAAGAAGGACAUGGAGCCUAAAACCAGAGAAGAUUUUCUACAGUAUGCCUGUGAGCUCUCUCUGGACCCUGCAACAGCUCAUAAGGACCUGAUCAUCUCUGAUAAUGACAAAGAGGUGAAGCUGUCCCCCCGUGGGUGCCAAAUCCCAUCUGCAUGUUUUCCAGAGAGGUUCAACAGUCGACGCCAGGUGCUGUGCAGGGAGGGUCUGCAGGCUGAGCGCUGCUACUAUGAAGUGGAGGUCAAGGGAGGCAAGGCAGAGAUCGCUCUUGCUUACAAAGGGUUGGAUAGGAAAAGUAGUACAAAAAAGUCAGCUUUUGGAGCCAACGAAAAGUCCUGGAGUCUAGAUCUCUCUAAUUCCUACUCUGUGAGCCACAAAACAGAAAGCAUAAAGCUAGAACAAAGGCCCAGCAGUAAAAAGAUAGGCGUUUAUCUAGAAUUCAAGGAGGGAAGUCUGUCCUUCUUUGAGGUCUCGGACAGCAUGACAUUUCUGUACAAACUGAAGGCCAAUUUCACAGAGCCGCUGUAUCCAGGAUUCUGGCUGGAUGACAAAUGCUGCAUUAGGAUCUGUGAUUUAAAAUGACACAGCUGAUUUUUACAGAGAUUCUUAUAACUCAGGCUAAAGUGUGACCUGACCUGUAGCUUCAUGAUGACUUCUCUGUCACUGCUUCUUAUUUGCGAAGUAGCCUUCCACUGCACAUUAGAGAGGCCGCAGCUUAAGACUUAUUUUAAUUUGCUGGCUUUUAUAUUAUUUCCCUUUCCCUUUAAUGCACAUAACUCAACACAUUUGUCAGAAAAGGUGAAUCUGUCCUAUUCUAGGAAAUGAUUUGCAAAUUUGAAUCUCAUCUAUAACCUAUAACAUCUAUAUAUUGUAUUUUUAUGUUUAUUGUUAAAAGGUCCUAUAUUAUGCAACAUUAACAUUUUAAACAUUUAACCAUCAUAUGGGUCCUGAAGCCUGUGUAUGAGAUUCAGAAAAUGAAAAAAAAUCUUUUCACCUCUUUCAUUGCCUUCAUCCACCUCUCAGCCAAUGUGUGCUCAAAAUGGUCCGUUUAAAUAACAUUCCCCUUGUGAUGUCAUAAGGGGAAAUAAGCUGUCCAGAGAGGUCUGUAGCAGCCAAUCCCUGAAGCUACGGCCUUCAUCUAAGGAAUUAUUAAUUUCUUCUAGUCCCUAUGUGUACGAACUUUGACUAGAUGCCAUGAUUGCGGUUUGUGGGGAAGGGGGUAUGGAAAGCCAAAACAGCUCCUCCAGAGGAGGGCCGAACAAAGACAUUUUAGCUAAAGGCUGUCUGCCUAAUCUGAGAGCAAUUAUCUUGCAAAAACAGAAAAACCAUGCUCUGGGGUUCUCAUUGUUAAAAUGUUUUAUUUUCAAAUGUUGAUAAUAUGGGACCUUUCAUACCUUUUUGUAAAUGAUUUAUAUCAUUGUUUCAUAAAUGCAAUUGCUUGUUUGAACCAUGUACUUUGUGCUGCAAUUUUAUCUUCGCCAACUACUUUGCUACUUUGCCUCUUUUAUUUAUACUAGGCAUGUUCUUAGUUCUGUUUUUUUUUUGUCUUAUGGAUGUUUUUUUUGGCACAGCUAAAGACCUUGUUA